GAAGUAAAUGUUAACUGCCUGGUCUUUUCUCUCUUUUAGCCUGCUCUUGAGGUUCACAGAUGAUACUUUUGAUCCAGAACUUGCAGCCACAAUAGGUGUUGACUUCAAGGUGAAAACAAUUUCAGUGGAUGGGAAUAAGGCCAAACUUGCAAUAUGGGACACUGCUGGUCAGGAGAGGUUUCGAACAUUAACUCCUAGCUACUACAGAGGUGCACAGGGUGUUAUAUUAGUUUAUGAUGUCACAAGAAGGGACACCUUUGUGAAGCUGGAUAAUUGGCUGAAUGAAUUGGAAACGUACUGUACCAGAAACGACAUAGUGAACAUGCUAGUUGGAAAUAAAAUUGAUAAGGAAAAUCGUGAGGUUGACAGGAAUGAAGGCCUGAAGUUUGCACGCAAGCAUUCCAUGUUAUUUAUAGAGGCAAGUGCAAAAACCUGUGACGGCGUCCAGUGUGCCUUUGAGGAACUUGUUGAAAAGAUCAUUCAGACACCUGGACUGUGGGAAAGCGAGAAUCAGAACAAAGGCGUGAAACUGGCACACAUGGAAGACAGCCACGGAGGAGGAGCCUGUGGUGGUUACUGUUCUGUGUUAUAAACUCUGGGAAGUUCCAUCACUUGCAUUUUGAUGAGAUAGUGACACCUUUCUGUACAUAAACUCUAACUGCUACUUUAGGGACCUCGCAGUUUGCACAUAAUUGUUUUGUAUCAUGGCAGUAAAUAUUUGCGAGAAAUCCCACUCAUCGGCUUUUCGCAGGGAAGAUGUUAUGGUACGCAUGCCCAGUUUGUAGUCUGCAGUUUUUAUGUAACAUAAAGUAGGUGUACCUUUAUGAGUGCAUUUGAUUUUAUGGCUUACAUUUAUCAUGUCAUUUUCUAGAACACUCAUCUGUCCAGUACGUGUCACUACAGAGCCCGCCUUUGGUCUCUUUCACUUAAAUACUCCUAUUAAUUACUGAAUUACUUGAUGUGUAGAGCUCCUAGGCCCCCCGGGAGGUAAACAGAUACCACCAGGCCUGCAGGUUCCGGUGCAGGCACGACCUCCCCACUUCCCAGGCAGUCUGAGAGUCCCUUUCCCUACUAAGCUCAGACUGUAGCUCAGGCCACUACAUCACUAACUGUUUGUUCUGACGAUGCUUCCGGAAUAGGGUUGGUCUAUGACAGAAGUCAAUAUUGCUUUUUGACUUAGCUCGUUGAUGGGGUUGGUUGGUUGUCUGUAGUUUCAGUCCCGUGACAGCUACACUGGACUUCUGUUCCUUGGCAGUGUUUUGCGUUACGUGGUGUUCCACAGAACGGCGGUAAGGUUUCUCCUCAUUUUCCUUUCAGAAGGACAUGAAUAUGCUUUAGUCCACAUCACCUCUACAGCCAACAUCUUUUUUCCCAAAUAUUGGUUGUGUUUGUCCAGGAACCUUCACUGUAACUCGUGUAAUGUGUAUGGAUAUCUGUGUCCUAGGCCUUUCAUAAACGGCUGGUCCAUACUCAAACCUAUUUCUGUGUUCUGAGGGGUGGGGAGAAAUAACUAAA